AUGUACCAACCACUCCAAAGUCUCGUCUCGUGGGUGACCAGCGAACGCGGUAUCUACAUCCUUCGCAGGACCGGUUUAGCAAUACAAGCCAUCUGUGUUGCCAGGUCGCUCUGGGCCUACCAUAGUACAGACAAGGAACUGGUCGAGGCGCGGAAAGAGGCCGACAACACCAAAAAAGGACUUGAGCGACUUCUUAUCGCGACAACCUUCCUUCUGAGACUCGAGAAAGCCCUACGUCGUCGCCAGGAGGAGGUUUUGAAGGAGGCGCUGGAGAGCACGGGUGUUUUGUCGGAGGUGGUGGUCGAUGAUGCGGUUGACAGGUUGUUUACGGAGGUUCUUCCCACUGCGGAUAUAAAGGAAUUUCCGGAUCUGUUUCACGACAUUAUUGAGGGCGAAGAAACGGAUUCGGGUUCGUACCCUUGA